AUGGCUCCGGUCCAGCGCCAUUGGCUCGACAACGUGUACCUCGUGUACUUCGUCUUGCACAUCCCCAUCCUGUUCUUUGUCGACCUCGUACCUUUCUAUCCACGCGCCAUCUGGGCCACUCCUGACGCGCCACUGUCUUUCCUGGGCGACCUGCGCGUCUACUAUCUCGAGACGUACAAGGACCAGUUCUUCGCGCCACCCCCGGCGCCGCUGCCGUCCUUCUUCCCCUUCUUCGCCGUGCUGGAGCUCGUCUUUCACCUGCCGGUGUCGGCGUGGGCGGUAGGUGCGCUGUGGCCGUCGUCCACGAAGGCUAGCCUCAGCGGGCGUGCGGAGCUACUGCUCCUAGUCUACGGCCUCGAGACGGUCAUCACCACGGCCACGUGCAUGUGGGAGGCGUGGCUAUGGGAUGAGGCCCUCAUCACGCUGAAGGAGAAGGCCGUCUUACUAGGUGGUUUGUAUGGGGCCUACUUUGCGCUUGCUGCCGUUCUGAGCGUCGAUAUGUACGCACGCCUGUUAAGGAGAUUGGACGCCGUUGACCAAAGGAAGAAGGUUCAGUAA